AAGCUGAACAAUUCACAUGUCAUCAUUUCAUUUACGUCACUGUCACUCGUCUUGCAGGGGCGGCCAGACUCAGAUCGCUGCUUUCUGGUCUCCAAUUUCCAUCUCCUUCCUCUCUCCCUCCGCUACCAUGGAGGCAUUGUCAUUCUCCUCCACCCAGUCGCCCCUUCUUCGUCAUGAGCGUUUGCAGAACUUAGCAGGCAGAUCCCUUAUUGGCAACCCCAGAAGAAAUCAAUUUGCCAGAGGAUGGUCUGCCAAGCCCUCCAUUACUGCCACUCUGUCCAAAUCGGCGGCCGAGGUAACCUCCGUACCAUCUUCGUCCUCGAACGUUGCCUCUCGAGAAGAUCCGUUGGCCGUGACUUCUGUACCCCCUCGUCCCAGGGUAUCCCCUGAUUCCUUACAGUAUCCACCUGGUUACCUUGGGGCAGUCCCGGACCGCACUGACGGUGAUGGCAAUGACAGCAUAAUCAAUGCCAUGGGUUACCUGACGAAUAUACUCUCUUCCAAGGUCUAUGAUGUAGCUGUUGAAUCGCCGCUCCAGCUGGCGACAAAGCUGUCGGAAAGAUUGGGGGUCAAUCUUUGGCUCAAAAGGGAGGAUUUACAGCCUGUUUUCUCAUUUAAGCUCCGAGGAGCUUAUAACAUGAUGGUCAAACUUCCAAAGGAACAGCUGGAAAAAGGUGUAAUCUGCUCGUCAGCUGGAAACCAUGCCCAAGGAGUUGCAUUAGCUGCUAAGAGAUUGAAUUGCAGUGCUGUGAUUGCUAUGCCUGUAACCACUCCAGAAAUCAAGUGGCGAUCUGUUGAAAGGCUGGGUGCUACAGUUGUUCUAGUUGGGGACUCUUACGAUGAGGCACAAGCAUAUGCCAAGAAACGUGCAAAAGAGGAGGGUCGAACAUUCAUACCUCCUUUUGAUCAUCCAGAUGUCAUUAUGGGCCAGGGAACAGUUGGGAUGGAAAUUGUUCGCCAAAUACAAGGUCCAGUUCAUGCAAUAUUUGUGCCAGUGGGAGGUGGUGGUCUGAUAGCUGGCAUUGCUGCUUAUGUGAAGCGGGUGUCUCCCCAGGUAAAGAUUAUUGGAGUAGAGCCCACAGAAGCAAAUGCAAUGGCAUUGUCAUUACAUCAUGGUCAGAGAGUGAUUUUGGACAAGGUAGGAGGAUUUGCAGAUGGUGUAGCUGUUAAAGAGGUUGGUGAAGAAACUUUUCGCUUAUGCAAGGAUUUGGUAGAUGGUGUGGUUCUUGUAAGCCGUGAUUCAAUUUGUGCCUCAAUAAAGGACAUGUUUGAGGAGAAAAGAAGCAUAUUAGAACCAGCAGGUGCCCUUGCCCUUGCUGGAGCAGAGGCAUACUGUAAAUAUUAUGGCCUCAGGGGGGAAAAUAUUGUAGCAGUCACCAGUGGGGCCAACAUGAAUUUUGACAAGCUGAGGGUGGUAACUGAACUAGCUAAUGUUGGUAGAAAGCAAGAGGCUGUGCUGGCAACUAUUUUGCCAGAGGAACCUGGCAGUUUUAAGCAGUUUUGUCAAUUGGUGGGGAAGAUGAAUAUUACAGAAUUCAAGUACAGAUAUAACUCUGAUAAGAAAGCCGUUGUCCUAUACAGUGUUGGGGUUCAUACAGUUUCAGAACUUAGAGCAAUGCAGGAGAGAAUGGAAUCUUCUCAGCUUAAAACUUACAAUCUCACAGAGAGUGACUUGGUGAAGGAUCACUUGCGAUAUCUGAUGGGAGGUCGAUCAGAUGUUCAGAAUGAGGUUCUUUGUCGAUUUGUCUUUCCGGAAAGACCUGGUGCUCUGGUGAAAUUCUUAGAUUCUUUCAGUCCACGCUGGAAUAUCAGUUUAUUCCAUUAUCGAGGGGAGGGUGAAACUGGCGCGAAUGUAUUGGUCGGGAUACAGGUACCCAAAAGUGAGAUGGCAGAGUUCCAUGAUCGUGCUGACAGACUUGGAUAUGAUUAUACUGUAGUAAACAACGAUGAUGACUUUCAGCUUCUAAUGCACUGAGGAUGGCAGCCUGACCUGUGAUUAAUAUUAUCUUCUUCUUAGCAUAAGCUUAUCUGAUGGUCUGGGUACAAUAGAGGGAUGAGUGGUAAAGAAUAGGCCUCAAGGCACAUACAUGUACCCUGUAGAGAAGAGUAGUGAGUGGUUUCUUCCUAUCAUAAUAAGUAAUUUAUCUAUUGUAAUGUAAGCGUUUUUAAUUUAUGUUUGGAUUGGAUAUGAAAUCCUCUAAUGUUAGAUCGUCAUUUCAUCUCUGUAAA